AUAUAUAAUUAAUUUAAUUGGAUAAUUUAGAAAUGAAGAUGAAUAUUAUAAUGAUUUUGUCAUUUGCAAUAAUAUUAUUGAAUUUGGUUGAACAUGCAAACACAGGUAGAGUAGUACCAUUCAACACUACUCAUAGUCAUGUGGAUUAUGAGGAUGAAGUUGAUUUGAAGUUGAAGCUUCUCAAUAAACCUCCUCUUAAGACUAUCAAGAGUAGUGAUGGAGAUAUUAUAGAUUGUAUUGACAUAUACAAACAACCAGCUUUUGAUCAUUCAGCGUUGGUCAACCAUACUAUUCAGAUGGCUGAACAACAAAACAACGACACUUUUAAAAGUGUCGUUGUUUCUCAAAUAUGGCAAAGAAACGGAAGUUUCUGCCCACAAGGAACCAUUCCCAUUCGAAGAAUCCAAAGAAAACACUUAUUAUUAAACAAUAAUAAUCUCCAACGUUUUGGCCAAAAGAAUCCUUAUCAUCAUCACUCCAUCACUACCACUACACCAAAACCAAAUGUUGUUUUCCCAAACAACACCACUUUCAAUCAAGAACCUAUAGUCAAUCGUUCUGUGGCUAUGCUGGUGACACUUGGAUACAAUUAUAUGGGGGCUCAAGCAAAUUUGAAUCUUUGGAACCCUUUUGUUUUAGAAGAUGAAUACUCAAGUGGUCAAAUAUGGCUUAAAGCUGGGGUUUCAGAUCUCUUUGAAAGCAUUGAAGCUGGGUGGGUCGUAAACCCAAAGUUAUAUGGUGAUAAAGCCACACGACUUUUCGUAUAUUGGACUAAGGAUCAGUACGAAUCAACAGGUUGCUUUGACCUGACUUGCUCAGGUUUUAUUCAAACCAAUCCAAAAGUAGUGUUGGGUGGAACCCUUGAGCCUUGGUCCAAAGAAAGAGGACCCCAAUACGAACUCCCAAUUACCAUUACACAGGAUGAGAACACAGGGAAUUGGUGGCUUAAAUUGGGUCAGAACGUGGCAGUAGGGUAUUGGCCAGGAAGUCUGUUCAGGUAUUUGAAACAAAGUGCAAUAAUGGUUCAAUGGGGUGGGGAAGUGUACAGCCCAAACGUAAGGAAAAAGCCUCACACGACCACUGCCAUGGGGAGUGGUGAGGCAGCCUCUGCUGGCCAUGGCUUUGCUUCUUAUGUCAAAAAUGUAAGGAUUAUGGACUAUUCAAUGUCAUUCAAGUACCCUCAGUGGGUUGGUACUUGGGCCGAUGAGGAAUACUGCUACUCUGCCUUCAAUGAGGUUAAGUAUGGGCUUGAGCCCACCUUUUAUUUUGGUGGCCCAGGCCAAAAUCCACUUUGUCCUUAGUUUCUUACUUUAUUGACUAUGUGUAUGAAUGGUGUAACAACUUAAUCCCUUUCAUAAUGAAACUCAUGGCUCCACCUAUAUCCUCUUAUUCUUAAACUUCAA